AUGGACGGCCGAGGGGUGCCUGCUGAAGCAGCUUAUGUGCCAGCUCGCUCAGGCUGGAAUAACGCAGCAGCUGAGCUUCCAAGCUCAAGCAGCAACGUCGGCAGCUACGGCCGAGCAGAGAGGGUGAACUCUGGUGGCAGUGAUAUCUACUACGAAGACGUCGAUCCCAAAUUUGCGCCCCCAGAGCCCAUGCCACCGCUACCAAGUCAGGCAGGCAGACUCCCUCCUGUCCUCGCAGCAGGCCCUCCACACCAGCAGACAUACCACGACGAAAGCCCGGAUUCAGUACAUGCACACCAUAUACAACCACCACCACUAACCAAUUCAUACGAGGACUUGCCCGGCGCAAGAUCACCAGCUGAGUCCGAGACUAGCAAUUUUACUUCUGUUUCUCAGAGAGGAGUCAAUCCAAAUUGGCGGCCUGGCUAUCCAGGCGAGUUUCAGGGUGGUGGUCCCGGACCCAUGAGAAGGCAAUCCAACACGCAAGCGAGGCAGGACAUCUUGUUAAACAACAACCCGGAUUUCCAACUGCCGGGAAUGACGCCGCCAGGACGAAGGCCGAUGGGAGGAAGAGGUGGUGGAUUCGGGCCAGGACCUAGUGGUCGGAUGCCACCUCCAGCAGAUGGGCCUUAUCCGAGAGGAAUGCCAAUGAUACCGGACGGCGGAGUUCGAGAGAUAUGA